AUGUCAAUAUCUAUGGAUGAUUCAAUCAAUAUGUAAAUACAACCAAUUGUUUAAAAAAUGGUCGUUGUCAACUCUCAUUAACUAUUGGUGAGAAAACCAUCUAACUAAGCCUAAGAUAUUGUUCAUUCCCCCCCUACAGCCAGUUUAACUCCACAACAGCCAUCAGAAAAACUUCCUGAAAAAGACAUGAAGGAUUUAUUAUUAAUAGAUGAAGAGCCAAGCAUCAAAGAAUAAUCUAUAUAAAUAACUCCAGAACCAAAAAAUAAGAAAAAGCAAAUCAAGGAUAAUGUAGCUAACGCGGAGAUAAUCAUUGACGAAAAGCCUUAGAACUCUUACAGUGAUGUACAUUGGAGUAAAUUAAUUACAUCCAAAACAAGUAUCACUCGUCCAUCAUUCUAAUUUCAUUUUCUUUAAGACAAGGCUGCGGAAUUCUCUAUCAAAGUAACUUCUUUUGAGUGGCUCAAACCUAAAUUACAAAAUACAUACUACUAUAUAAGUAGUGCUGUCUUAAGUGUUUACUUAAGUUUUUUCAUCACAUUAAUGUUAUUCGAUUUAGAAGAUGGAAUGUAUUAGCAACCAAUCUACUAAGUGAUUUUAAUGGUAUUUUGGUUGAUAGAUACUAUUAAUUAAAUACUUUUUAUUCAAUAUAAAAAUGGAGAGGAAAUUAUUUUAAUGGAAGAUCUAGUUGCGAGAUACUGUAAAUUUCAAUCAUUAAUUGAUAUCUUGGGCAUAAUCCCUAUCAUAUUUUGUUUAAUUUCAAAAAGAAUGCCUACUAUUUAAUUAUUGCAUCUCGUUAACAUAUGGAAAAUUAGAAGAGUGUUUUAUGAAUUGUAAAUGUUAAUAGAACUCCAUUUCGUUUAAUUUAUAGCUUUGACUAUAAUUCAAUUUUCGUUGGAUAAACAUUUAAAUUUUUUUGACGAAUUCAUUGUAUUAUUCUAUAAAUCAGAGAAUGCUAAUGCUCUUACUUAUAUCGUUAGGCUUCUCAUUUUAAUUUAUUAUUGUUAUUUUAUACAUAGAUACAACUCUGAAGAUAAGUGGAAACUGAAUCAGAUUUCAAUUCAAAAUAACACAAAGUAAAAAAUUAAUGGAUAUAUAAAUAAAUUAAAGAGUCAAUCAACGGUUGAUUUAAAUUUCCUGGAAUACUUACCUCAGUCAUAUGUUGAAGACUUCAAAAAUUAACGUUAUAUGUAGAUACUCUCUAAUAUACCAAUUUUUAAGUCUUCCUUUUCUGAGAAGACUCUCAAGGAAAUUUGCAACCUUAUUCAAGAAUACACUUACAAUCCUAAUCAAACUAUCCUUCUUUAGCAGACUCCUAAUCAAUAACUGUACUUUAUUUUAUCAGGGGAUGUCAGGAUCUCCUAGAAAAGAGAAGGCACCUAAGCAAACUGUGAAUUUAAAUUAAAAGUGUUAGGUGAAGGUUAGAUGUUCAAUAACAAAGCUUUUUUCAAGAAUUCUUUCUCGAACAUUGCUGCUACUUCAAUAGGAUUCUCUUAAAUUGCUUAAUUGGAUGUUGAACUAUUUUAGGAGUGUAUAAAGAAUCAUCAUUAGGAAAAAUAGAAAUACAAGAUGAUGUUGGAUUAAAUAGUAUAAUAGGAAUUUUACAGUUUAUGUUUGAUGCGGUGUUAUGCAUGUGGUAAAUUUCAUGACAUUGAUGAAUGUGAUCAUGUACACUAUGUUCCUAAGAGAUCUUUUUUAGUUUCUUACAUCUAAUCUAAUGAUAUAUAGGGAAGAUUUCCAAAGAAGAGGAUUAGAUGUAGACAACAAAGAACGAAGUCAUUCAUAUUAAAAAUAGAGGAGAAUGCUUUGCUCUACCAGUAAUUGAAUAUUGAAUCAGAGUUAUCUGAAGAACACAGGCAUUUAGAAGAGAUGAUAAGUAUUCAAUAAUAGCAUUAUUUGAAAGAAGUUACAAAUCCAUACACGGAAAGAUAAAACUCAUUAUUACAAUCUUAAUAAACUCCUCACAUGGUAUCUUAGUAAUCUUUAAGAGAAUCUAUACAAUCUCAAUAACAGCCUGGACAUUAACUAAUGGAUAUUCCAAACAUAAGUCCUGUUUAAUAUGUUCAACAGCCUCCCAGUGGAAUUUCGCAUAGUUCUUAUGCUUAAUUAUUAAAAGAUGCUUCUGUGAAUCGCAAGAAUUUCAAUGGUUCUUCUGAUAAGAAUUCUAGUGGCAAUGUUUUUUCAUUACCCUACAGCAGCAAUGGAAGCAAAACAAAUCCGAAUAAUGUUAUGUAGAAUAAGGAUAAGGAGGAAUUGAUAAGUAUAUAAUUGAAGAAGGCCAAAUUGAAAGACAGUGUAUAUUACCAUCAGAGGAGAAUACAGAAUCAAAUAGAGAGUGAGGGUCCACUCACUCCAUCUAUGUAUCAAAAGUGUCAAACCACAGCACCUUAGUAGUAGUAGACUAAGGCUUUCAGAUCAGAUCGUAAAUCAAAUUCCUGCAUUUCUGAAUCUGAGAAAGGAGAGUAUCAAGUACAGUAACAACAAGAGAAACCAACAUCAAAGUAUGGCAUCGCCUCUUCCAAAUUUACUGGGGAAACUGCAAAAUAGUUUAUGAGAAAUCCUUUGGAAAUGCCCAACAUUGAAUUCUACUAAUCGUUUGAAAAGAGCAAUCAGUAUAGCGAUUUUUUCCCCUAAUACAAUGUGGAUUAAGCAAUUGAAAGUUAUAAACAAUAUUAAUAAUCUAGAUCCAGUGCUCACAAAUGA